UUGUUAUAUAAAACUGAAAAUACUGCAGUUCUAAAAACCAAAAAGCUUUCGGAACUAAAGAAGGCCUGACAGGUCCUUGAAUUGAAUUGUAUCCACAGUGUACUAGCCAUGGUCCACGGCGGAGUCGUCCAUGGCGGAGUCAAGGAACAAGCGCCGCAGGGCAAGCCAAAUUUCAUCCUCACUAACAACCACCGCUCUUUGAGGCACCACGUACCCUUGCAAUGUCCCUGAAGUUUCACCCGACGACGUUGACUGCCGGGGUAUCCUAUCCAGAUUCCAGACCAUGCACACACACUUCCGACUAUAAACAAGUCUGUGAGCGCAGCGGAUUUUCUAAUAAUACUAGUUGCUACGCUAGCCUAGCUAUUUAUCACCAAUCAACACGCCAAUCUUAACGAGAAAAAAAAGAACAUUAAACAGUAGUAAUCUUAAUUAUAUAUAAAAACUGAUACCGGCUUUCAGGCUUGAUCACACACGGGCACACGGCUACUCUGAUACCAGCCACACUGCCUACUAAGCACUAGCCAUGGCGGACAACAACGACGACGACGACAACCGGAGGAACCGCGGGCAGACGACGACGACACUGAUCGCCGGCGCGGGGCUCGGCUUGCUCACCGUCAACUCGGGCCUCGCCAUCUACCGCGCCAGGGGCGACGACGUGGCCGCCGUCCUCUUCGUCGCGGGGUCGUACCUCACCUUGCUCCUUCUGUUCGUCUGCCUCCGCGCCUACGAGCUGGCGGCGCCCGGGUCGCCGGCCAGGGAGCGGGCGAGGCGAGCCGUGUGGCCGCUCACCACGCUGCUCACCGUGGCCUUCGCGUGGAAGGUGGCGGCGGUCAUGCCUUCGCCUGCUGCGGCCGCCGUCGUCUGGGCGCUCGCCGUCGCCACCACCGUCGGCGGUUUCGUUGCUCUGUACGUGCAGCGCUGAAGGCAUGCACGGACCUAGCAUCAGUUCAGGGCUCUCUCGGCUCGGCCUCGGCCUCGGCGGCUCCAUCAGCCUAGCUAACUUUUCACUCUUGUGCAUAUAUAGUAUAUGUACAGUAGCUGAUUGGCUUUUACAAAACAGAGUGCCUUAUUGUAGCAGGUAACCUUUACCUUUAUACUAAAACCUUUACAAAACAGAGUGACCAUGUAGGCUUUAAAGCUGUUAAUAAAGGUUACAUUAGCACUCGGUAGGCACUUCGAUCGCCUACACACAUUAGCGCUUGCUCGACCCGUGUAAUCACCCCCAGUGCUAGCUAGCUUUUGUGUACAUAGCUGAUGACUUUGCCUAAAGACAGCUGUAACGGUGUUAAGAGCACUCCGAAUGCUCCGGCAGCUCCGCGUGGCCACGUUCUGACGCCACGCGAUUUGGUC